UCGUGCGGCGUUGUUGUGCCGUGAGUCUCGAUCGAAGGAAAACUAGAAAAAAUUCCCGCUCGAGAAUUUUCCGCGGCUGCAGUCUUGAAGCGGAAGAGUAGUGAGCCAGUUUCCUGACUGACCCCGUCGAUUUUGUGGGUCGCCUAUCCGCUCAUGACCAAGGACCUUUGAAAAUUGUAUUUUCCGUCUCAGUGCAGAGAGAAAGCCGCCGAGAAAAAAAAACAGCAGUAACGCUAAAGCAGUAGUUGCGUUUUGAAAAAAACGUCGCGCAGGCGUCUCAAGCGAAUUCGAUGCAACAUGGAAGGCAAGCGUCUUGAAAACAAGCGACGAAAAGAAAAAGAAAAUUCCGGCAAGGAAGUCGACAUUGCAGCUGAGAAGAAGCGCGCCUUGAAACACGACUGGAGCCAAACACGGGCCGAAGUAAGCGCUACGCUGGACGUGGGCUUUCCCCUGGAUUCCAACCAAGUCACCCUCGAAUGCACCGACUCUCAAUGUUCGGUCACGUUGCCUGAUGGUCGUCAGUGGCAAUGUGAACUUUAUGCACCCGUGGUGGCUGAAUGCACCAGUCUGGUCCAGAAAUCCAAAAAAGUUGUAGUGAAGAUGGUGAAGCAGGAUCCAAACAUUGACUGGCAGCAACUUGAGAAAGUGGAAGGGUCGCCUUCGCUGCCCUCGUCAGACGAAGAGCUGAAGGACCAGCACCCGACCGUGGAACUUGUCGGUCCGAAAUACGACUACUACGAGAGUGGGGUAAACGGGGACACAGUCACGGUCACACUGUUCGUCAAGAGCAUCUCCAAGGAGGCAUUUGCUGUAGACUUUGAUGAAAGGGGCUUCCUGGUGAAGUUUCACACUAAGAACACCAACACAGAGUUUUUGGAGCAGCAUGGAGCGUCGGAGGAGACAACAUUCACCUGGCGUGUUAACGUUAAGGAAGCCAUACGGCCCGAGGAAUGCCGGUUUAAGCUCAGCCCCUGCAAACUGGAGCUGAUCCUCAAGAAAAAGGUGCCGUCGCGGUGGUCGUGUCUAGAGCUCGCGCCCCCUGCCAAGAAAAUCGCGCCACUGCCCGCGCCCAGCAACACGUGGGUGCCAGUGUCGAGGAACGUGCAAGGGAGGACCCCGCUGAGCAACGUGGCCCCCGUGCACCAGCUGACGAACAAUGUUCAAGGCAGCGUGCAGCAUGCGGGCGUGCUGGACUCUUGCGCCGGUGAUGCCUCGACUGCUUCAGCAUCCCUCAGCGAUCCUCUCUUAAAGAAGGUCAUCAACAAGCCGGAGCCGCCGCCGCCACCCCCUGCUCCACCAGUCCCUGCUCUACCAGCCCUUGCUUCACCAGCUCUUGGUUCACCAGUUCUUGCUCCACCAGUCGUGGUUGCCCGCGGCUACACGGGCCUAGACAACUUGGGCAACACAUGCUUUAUGAAUGCAGUGCUGCAGUGUCUCGCCAACACCCGGGAGUUCCGAGAUUACUUCCUCAGUGCCACCUUUCAGGGCGAGUUGAACCGGGACAACCCUCUGGGCAUGCACGGAGAGUUGGCCGUGGCGUUUGCCGUGCUCGUCUCAUGGCUGUGGUCGGGCAAGCAGCGCUCGUUCGCACCCGACCGCCUGAAGCGCCUCAUCAGCAUCAAGGCGUCCCAGUUCACAGGCUUCGCUCAGCACGAUGCCCAGGAGUUCAUGGCGUUUCUCCUGGACGGACUGCAUGAGGACCUCAACCGCAUCCACAACAAGCCUUACGUCGAGAGGGUUGAAUCAAAUGGCCGACCUGACAGCGUGGUUGCUGAUGAAUCCUGGAGCAACUACAAGCUUCGCAACGACUCCAUUGUCGUAGAUCUGUUCCAGGGCCAGUACAAGUCCACUGUCAUCUGUCCGAAGUGUCACAAGGUCUCUAUCAGCUUCGACCCAUUCCUGUACCUGACGGUGCCGCUGCCGAAGAGACAGCGUGUUUUCGUCGUGCAGUUUUUCGCACUAGACCCACAGUCCGUUCCGGUUAAGCUUAGGGUCAGGCUCAACCACGACGCCAAGAUCCAAGACCUCAAGGAGGAAAUCUUCAAGAAGACCAAGGUGUCCCCAAAGAAUCUGCGCUUGCUGGAGGUUUACAACCGAAGAAUUUACAAGGUGUAUGGCAGCGAAGAAAGCCUGGUUGGCGUGAAUCCAAAGGACCAGAUCUUUGCGUUUGAAGUCCUUGACAGAGACGUCGCACGGGAGAGAGUGGUGGAGCUGGCUGUCGUGCAGAGGGCACUGAUGCCUCCCCUGGCGAGUACCUGCUCGUCGUGCGGCAAGGAGUGCGUGGCUGAGCAGGACAAGCUCAAGCGUUGCACUCGGUGCUUCCGCGUUGGCUACUGCAAUCGGGUGUGCCAGACCAACCACUGGCAACAGCACAAGAGCGCCUGCAAGUUCUACCUUGAGCUGGUGGGCCUUCCCUUCGUCGUGAGCAUGCCGGCGUCCCAGGCGACGUACCAGAACCUCUGCCGGCUCAUGGAGGCUCAUUCGAGGCAUUCUGUAAAUGUUUUCCAACCACCCGUGGAGUCCAGCAAGCGUACGCUAGAAGCUGCCACGGCUGCCUGCACCAAUGAGGUGGCUGAAGUUAACAACCAGGAGGUUGAGAUUCACGCCGACUCUGUGAGCCAGGGUGCUGGAGACAGCAGCGGAGCCAUGUUCACCGUCACCAGUGUGAGCUCUGAGAACACUGAAUGUAAGACAGACUUCGUCCUUGAAGACGAAGGGAAUGAGCCGUUGGACUUCAGUGGAGUGAUCCGCUUGGCGAUGGACUGGAAGAAUGACCAGCGUCAGGGUAACUACGUGCUCGUCGAGUCCAAAGAAGUGGAGUAUGCAAUGUCCGACGAUGACCGCAACAUGUCUAUUUACGAGGAGGACGGCAUCACGCUGGACCAGUGCUUGCGGCUGUUUACGGAGCCUGAGGUGCUGGAUCCGCAGGAGGCCUGGUACUGCCCGGGCUGCCGUGAGCACCGCCAGGCCACCAAGGAGUUCUCGCUGUGGCGGCUUCCCGUCGUGCUCGUCAUCCAGCUCAAGCGCUUCUCCUUCACCCGCUCCAUCUUCCGCGACAAGAUCGACAAGAUGGUCGACUUCCCCGUCUAUGGCCUCGACAUGAGCCCUUACUACUGCGGCCCGGGCACCAGCCACGGGCAACCUCCCAUAUAUGACCUUUUCGCCGUCACCAACCAUCACGGCGGCAUGCUGGGCGGCCACUACACCGCGUUUGCACGCUGCACCAACCCCGUCGACACGCGUCUGAGCGAGAUCGGCUGGCGGCUGUUUGACGACAGCCACGUUGCCGAUGUUUCGGACACGCGGGUCGUGACAGCGUCGGCGUACAUGCUGUUCUACCGGCGCCGGGGCGUCCCCUUCGACCUGCCCGCCGUGGUACCCCGACCCCUGCCCUCUGCGUCGAGGCUUGUCCCCGUUCAGUCGCAGAAGCUCGUUAAGGACCAGGAGAACUUGUUGGGCCAGGAGUUGGCCUCCCUCAAAGACAGCAACAACAACAGGCGCGUCUGCGACUUAUCAGAAGACUCUGAUGACGACUACAUGAACAGCCCCGACUGAUGGAUGCGGCUCGGAACUCUAGUGGCCACGGCGCUUUAGGUGGUUUUGAAAUUCUUGCCUCCUUGCGAGGCCUGGUUUUAUUUGUGUCCCCCCCCCCUCCCUCCCGAAAGCAGCUGCUUUCUACCCGCUCGUUUUUCCGGUUAGAAAUCUACAAAAAGCCAUGGUGAGCCUUGACAUGCUGUGAGCACGGCAUUGUGGAAGUUGUCUACAGCUGUCCACAAUCGGCACUCUUGGGCGUCAAAAGUCUGUGAAUUGGAGGUUUAGUUGGAAUUUUUCUUGCUAGUUUUCCCAAGCAGAGCGUGGUGUCACGAAGAUGAUUAUAGAUCCCAGUUUUAUGUAAGAACCUUGGAGAUGUUACUGGCACGAUCGUGUUGGGUGUAGCACAGCGCCCAUAGGUUGCCAUAAAUAUAAAAUUUGGCAUAAAUUUGUGUCGGAGAAACCAUUGUUGUCCCUUAGACGUUCAUUGAUGAAGUGCGGUAAUUGUCAACAUCCAAAUUUUCGCCGACAAUGUGGCAAAAUAUUGUUACAAGCGAAAAUAUUGGACAGACCACAUCAAGAAUUUGGCACAGUGCUAAAACUUGUCUGUAGUUUUGUCGAUAAGUUCACGUAGGCAAGGAUCCAUUUUUUUUUUUAUUUGCAUCACCGACUCAAGACGGCAUGACACCAUGGCUGCGGAAUAGACUGCUUGUGGGAUUUCAUAUAUUCUUCCUAUUAUAGACUGUUUGAAUUGCUGCCUUUUUUCUUUUUCUUGCAAGGCAUUUCUAAUUAGGUAAUGAGCUGCAUGCAUGUGUUCCUUCCAUUUAUGCAACCAUCUCACCACCUGCCACCACAAUUCUUGGAAGGACAGGUCAGGCUCUUGUUAAUUUAUUUAUAAUAAUUAGCCUAAACUCAUCAUGCUUGAUUUUAUGCUUCCAAGCGAUCUCGCUUUAUUGUAUGGUUUCCGAGUGGUAAAGAUGCGCACAGCGGUGAAACGCUAUAUGUGUCGGAGGUGUAAUUGCGCUGCACUGUCGUCCUUGAAUUCAAGAGCCUCUGCAUCCACAGUUUUUCAUGUCAAUAAUUUUUGUUGAAUUAAUCGUCAUUGUACCCCAGGCAUGGCUUUCUAUCACACAAAGGCGGCUUUUGCCACUAUGCACCGAAUGAGUGUUAUAAUGGUUGCUAUAAUGACUGUGUCAAGAAACUAAUCUUAAAAAAUACUUAUUUGGUCAGAUGACAUUUGAGGAUUGCUCAUUGAAAUUGGUUAGCAACUUGCAGUACACAGUUUUGCAUCACAUCAACUAAAAAAAAAAAUCAAUGUCUUAUAUGUUGUUUUGUUAUUUUGUUUUCAUAAGAGCAAUAAAGAAGAGAUAAUGCUCAUUCAGUAUUCUUUUUUUUUAAUAGAAAAGUUUAGUGUAAUCAAUGUUUCAGUAUUGAUGAGGAAGAAGAGUCUUCCUUAGCCAGACAAAAUAUUUUGUACUAUUUUCUCUGCCCACUCGUUGUUGCCAGUGUCGCUGUUGUAGUGAUGUUGUUUUCAGUGGAGUGUAAAUGUUCCCAUUUAUUCAAGUCUGUUUUGUGCGUCCUUAGUUUUUAAAGCACAAGCGCUUCUACCACUUUGCUGUGUUCUCCAAAAAACAAAUAGUAGUGUUGAUAACUCCUGGCGUUAGUGGUUGCAUGUUGAUGGUGGCAAAAUGCUGGUCAACCAUCUGUUGUGUGAUUUCAGUGCUCUGAAGAAAGCCGUGGGGAGGGGUGGUGGAAAUUAUCCGGAGCCCUCCACUACAAUGCCUUUUACACACCGAGCUUGUUUAGGAGAUUAAAACCCCAUAAACAAAACAAACGUUACAGUAUAUCGAUAACGCUGGCACUGUAUCUCCAUCUGAACACAUUUGGUGUUACGAUUUCGCGUAUAUAAUAAAUACUGAGAUAGCCCGACAAGUAUAACACCACAGGAAUGUAGGCCUAGCCAGCGAGGACCUCUCGGGCUUAGUGCUGACGAUGUGACUGCUGAGCUUUGCAUGACCCACUACUAGUACUUCAUUACACAUAGUAAAAAAAAAUAUAGAAGUCCUCACGGAUCUGAUGACUUAUUAAUUUCAAAUGUGAUCUGUUUAACAGUGAAGAAAAACCAGAAAACUCGCCAAGUGGUUAUGCGCCACAGUAAUUGCGCAUGCUCGCUACAACGCACAGCAGGUGCAAGUGUCAACAGAAAGUGAACCCUUGACAAACUGAGAUGGCAAGAAAGAUUGAAAUACAGAGAAACACAUAGGGAGAGAGAGGAAGAUAUAGAAAAAGAAACGUAUGGAGAAAACAGAAAUUAAGGUGCAGAGAGAGAGGAAGAAGGAGCAGAAAGUGAAAGAAAAAAAAAAUCAACAGAAAUAGAGAAAUAAAAAGAAACAUACAAAAAUGUGCAGUGUAGAGAGAAAGAAGAAAAAAAAGAUGGAAGGCCACGCAGCUGCACUCUUGCUUCAGGCUUGACAAUAAUGUGAAGCUGUCAUAAUAUUUCUCUUUAUUUAUUCUGGCACAUAGUUGAACCUCCUUGUAACAGCUAUAGAAAUGAAGAAUUGCCUGUUAUAUAGUGAAGUAGAUGAACAAUAGUGUUGCCAUUGAUACAAUGUUACAGAUAUACAUUCGUAACGAGGUUUUUAAAUGUAACUAUGCUCUUUCUGUGUGAGACGCAACUUCGCUAUGACGAAGUUGUGAGUGUAGAUGGGGGCAAAGCUGUCGAUGGUCAUCUCCUUGUGAUGCUACGGGUGUUUCUUUUUGGGCUAAAAACUUCAGCUCUCCUGUGUUUUGUUUUUUUAAACGCAGAGCAUUUUAUAGUCGUACCUACUUGCGAUUCCGGCAUCGGUGGUGUCGUCUACACGCCCACUGCGAAUGCUCGCGUCA